AUGCGGGCGCUUGUUAGCCGCACACCCAUUGCGGCUGCAUUGCGGUCUGCAACGCUGGGAAGUCAGUGUGCUUCAAUCCAAUAUAAUAGUUUGAAUAUCCUUGACCGAUUACCUCAGCCCUUGCCGUCGAGAUCAUUCCGAAUCCGAUACACAGGAGUGUCGACAUCAGGUCGCGUGACACAGACAUGUCGACGGAGUUUCCAACUGAGUGCCAGCAGCAGAGAUAAGCGGGGGCCUCAAUCAGCCGAACCGGAUCCUCUGGAGAGGCUUGAGGUCAAAAAGGUACAGCAGCAGCAUGAAAAUGAGAAGGACGAUUCGGGCCGAGAUACGAAGUCUGGGGGAAAAGUUGCGAAGGCGAUGACGAAGGGCGAUACGAUUGCAGGCAAGCUAUUGACGACGCCGUCGAGGUUGUUUAAGCUUCUCAUUCCAUUGACAACCAUCAACCGCAAAGACAUUGAGCAGAUUGCCAUUCUGAUCCACCCGCAGCAGCCCCUAUCCCAUCUAGAACGUCUAAUCCAGUCCGAGGUACCCCCAAUCGAAGACGAGAACGGUCAGAAGAGACCACCUGCUGUGUCGUUCAUCGCGCUCCAGCUUGAACAGGACGCCAUCAGGCCGAAACGGGGUAUGUACGAAGGUACGGAUGCUGAAAUUCACAGAGUCGAAGGAGGAAAGGAUGACGCGACAGUGGCAAAACGAGGGGAAGAUUUUCAGGAGGUGGACGAAACGUUCAGCUAUCUGCGACGGCCAGGGCCUGGACAGGGCGACAAGGAGCAGCGCUUCAUCCGGUGGUCGCAGUCCACGGAGAUUGGAGACUUUAUCCGGGAUGCCGCGCGGGCCAAGGAGUUCAUUGUAACGAUCGAAGGUGCACCGGCGGGGCUGGAACAGAUUCACGUUGCCGUGCCUUCAUUCGACGAGAGGACAUAUUUCCUGCGGAUGAGGCUGCGGAAGAUCUCUCGCAGAAUCCAGGGUCUUGCGGAGAUCAAGCAUGAGUGUGACGCGCUGGCGCAUCGGGGUGCUCAACGGGUGGCACUUGGCGGGUUUGGCAUUCUCGCCUUUUGGUGGUACAUUGUGUACAAACUGACCUUUGAGACGGACCUGGGGUGGGAUACGAUGGAGCCGGUGACCUAUCUGGUCAGCUUGUCCACUUUGAUGGGUGGCUACCUUUGGUUCCUAUAUCACAACCGCGAGAUUUCCUAUCGUUCAGCGCUUGAUUUUACAAUCAAUGCGCGGCAAAAGAAACUCUACCAGAUGAAAGGGAUUGACCUUCAGGUGUGGGAAUCACUCAUUGAUGAAGCCAAUGCGAUACGCAGGGAAAUCAAGAACAUCGCGGCCGAGUACGACGUUGAUUGGGAUGAACGAAAGGACGAGCAGGACGACCGCGUUACCGAGGCUUUGAAGAAGGAGAGAAGACUCAAGAACGGAUCUCAGAAAGAAGAGCGGCCAAAGGACGACAGAGACGAUGAUUGA